ACCACCACCUUCUACUCCAACAAGGAGAUCUUCCUGCGGGAGCUCAUCUCCAGCGCCUCCGACGCGCUGGACAAGACCCCCUACGAGAGCCUGACCGACCCCUCCAAGCUGGACAGCGGCAAGGAGCUCAAGAUCGACAUCGUGCCCAAUGCGCAGGAGCGUACGCUCACCCUGCUCGACACAGGCAUCAGCAUGACCAAGGCCGACCUCGUCAACAACUUGGGCACUAUUGCCAAGUCUGGCACCAAAGCCUUCAUGGAGGCCCUGCAGGCAGGUGCAGACAUCUCCAUGAUGGGGCAGUUUGGUGUGGGUUUCUACUCCGCCUACCUGGUGGCUGAGAAGGUGGUGGUUAUUACCAAGCACAAUGACGAUGGGCAGUAUGCCUGGGAGUCGUCAACUGGAGGCUCCUUCACUGUCUGCACUGACCAUGGUGAGUCAAUUGGACGGGGCACUAAAGUGAUCCUGUAUGUGAAGGAGGACCAGACAGAGUACUUGGAGCGGCGUGUCAAAGAAGUGGUGAAGAAGCACGCCCAGUUCAUUGGCUACCCUAUCACGCUCUAUCUGGAGAAAGAGCGUGAAAAAGAGAUCAGUGAUGAUGAGGAAGAAGAGAAAAGUGAGAAGGAAGAGGAAGAGUUCAGCCUCAAGGAUGAGGAGAAAACUAAGAUCGAGGAUGUGGGGUCUGAUGAAGAGGAGGAUGGAGAUAAAGGGAAGAAGAAAACAAUUAAGAUGAUUAAGGAGAAAUACAUUAACCAGGAGGAGCUGAAUAAGACCAAGCCCAUAUGGACAGGCAACCCUGAUGACAUCACACAGGAGGAAUAUGGGGAGUUCUACAAAAGCCUCACCAAUGACUGGGAAGACCACCUAGCUGUCAAGCACUUCUCUGUAGAAGGGUAGCUGGAGUUCAGGGCCCUGCUCUUCAUCCCGUGCCGUGCCCCUUUCGACCUCUUUGAGAACAAGAAGAAAAAGAGCAACAUCAAGUUAUAUGUGAGAUGGGUCUUCAUCAUGGACAGCUGUGAUGAGCUCAUCCCUGAGUACUUAAACUUUAUCCAGGGGGUGGUGGACUCGGAGGACCUGCCUCUGAACAUCUCCCAUGAGAUGCUCCAGCAGAGUAAGAUCCUCAAGGUGAUCUAUAAGAACAUUGUGAAGAAGUGCUUGGAGCUCGUCACUGAGCUGGCAGAGGACAAAGAGAACUACAAGAAAUUCUAUGAGGCCGUCAACAACCUCAAGCUGGGCAUCCAUGAGGACUCAACCAACCGAAUGCGCCUGUCACAGCUGCUGCAGUAUCUCACGUUCCAGUCAGGUGAUGAGGUGACUUUGCUUUCAGAAUAUGUAUCCCGUAUGAAGGAGACACAGAAGAGUAUCUACUACAUCACAGGAGAGAGCAAGGAGCAGGUGGCCAACUCUGCCUUUGUGGGGAGUGUGCGGAAGCGUGGCUUUGAGGUGGUCUACAUCACGGAGCCAAUUGAUGAGUACUGCGUGCAGCAGCUCAAGGAGUUUGAUGGCAAGAGCCUGGUAUCAGUCACCAAGGAGGGGCUGGAGCUGCCUGAAGAUGAGAAGAAGAAGAUGGAGGAGAGCAAGGCCAAGUUUGAGACACUUUGCAAGCUCAUGAAGGAGAUUCUGGACAAGAAGGUGGAGAAGGUGACUGUCUCAAACUGGUUGGUCUCAUCUCCCUGCUGCAUUGUCACCAGCACCUAUGGUUGGACAGCCAACAUGGAACGCAUCAUGAAGGCCCAGGCACUGCGAGACAACUCUACCAUGGGCUACAUGAUGGCCAAGAAGCACCUAGAAAUCAACCCAGAGCACCCAGUUGUGGAGAUCCUCUGCCAGAAGGCUACUGUUGACAAGAACGACAAAGCUGUCAAAGAUCUGGUGGUACUGCUCUUUGAGACAGCUCUGCUGUCCUCUGGCUUCUCCCUGGAAGAUCCCCAGACCCACUCCAACAGCAUCUAUAGGAUGAUCAAACUUGGGCUUGGUAUUGAUGAAGAUGAGGUGACAGCAGAACAGCCCACUGCAGCUGUCCCAGAUGGAAUUCCCCCUCUUGAGGGAGAUGAAGAUGCAUCCCACAUGGAAGAGGUGGACUAAAGUAGAGGAAGGGCUUCUCUCUCCUGCCAGGCUUCUUUCUUAUCUCAUUUUUGCUCAGAAGAGGUUCUGGUCCUACCAG